GGACAGCCUUGGCCAGGGCAGACUAACAGGUCGCCGCGGGAGACACACGCAGAUUUUGUUAGCGAAACCAUCCUUCAGGUCCUUCGAGGAAGCUGGCCGUGGCCGCCGUGGGUGCUGCCGAAACGGCUUUCCUCGGUUGUGAGACUGCAAACUGGACGGAUUGGCGUGGGGGUUGGACCAAACGAGACACGGCGAUGCAACGUCGUCACAAGCCGAAUGACCGUGGGAAGCCGCUAAGGGCUCUGAUUGGGAGGAGAAAAAAAAACAAAAAGGCAAUGCGGUCCUGGAGAUUGCUCGGUGUGCUCGUGUCUUGCGAAUCCCAUCUCUUGAUUCUAAAGACGACGUCGACGGCGACAACUUUCACUUAAACGAGUCAGUCAGUGUCCACAGUUUCCAGCUUGCUUCCACUUCCCCAGACUGUCAAACAGAAAGCCUCAGCACGCUUGUCCCCAUUUCCCCAGGCGUUCAGCGGCCCCAGUGUCCCCGCCCGCUUCUGGGGUAGCUCCAGCUGGGACCCCACCACAUCCCUCGGCCUGAGCAGCGGUGGAAGACGGGAAGCGGCGUGUCGUCGCACAUGUGUUGUCGAGGUUGUACUGACCGGUGUGCGACCAUAAGUAUAUAUAGGGUCGAUCGAGCAAUUGGCACCUUUUUUUGUUUGGUAAUUCUUCUUCAGCAGCGUCGAUACCCUCCGAUUUCUGCUUGGUAGAUAUACGGUACACAUACAAAGCCCAAAAUGGCCAUGAACCUUAGAACUGGGUCCCGGGCCUUCGGUGGAGCCCUCCGUAAUCAUGCCCGUGUCUCGCGACGAGGCUACGCUACCGCCGAACCCGAUCUCAAGACAGUGCUCAAGGAGGCCAUUCCCGAAAAGCGCGAGCUCUUCAAGAAGGUCAAGGCCCAUGGGAACAAGGUGCUGGGCGAGGUCAAGGUCGAGAACACAAUCGGUGGCAUGCGUGGCCUCAAGGCCAUGAUUUGGGAGGGCUCCGUACUCGAUGCCAACGAGGGUAUUCGCUUCCAUGGCCGCACCAUCAAGGACUGCCAGAAGGAGCUUCCCAAGGGCAAGAAUGGCACCGAGAUGCUGCCCGAGGCCAUGUUCUGGCUUCUCUUGACCGGCAAAGUCCCCUCCACCAACCAGGUCCGCCAGUUCUCGCGGGAGCUCGCCGAGCAGGCUGCCCUGCCCGACUUUGUCAACAAGCUCCUCGACGGCUUCCCCAAAGACCUCCACCCCAUGACCCAGUUCGCCAUUGCUGUCUCGGCCCUCAAUCAUACCUCCAAAUUUGCCAAGGCCUACGAGCAGGGCCUGAACAAGGCUGACUACUGGGAGCCUACCUUUGAUGACUGCAUUUCCUUGCUCGGCAAGCUCCCUACCAUUGCCGCCAAGAUCUACCAGAACUCGUACAAGGGCGGCGGUGCUCUCCCCGCCGAGGUCGACCUCGAGCAGGAUUGGGCUUACAACUUUGCUGCCAUGCUGGGCAAGCCCGGUAAAGAGAACGAGAACUUCCAGGAUCUUCUGAGGUUGUACCUUGCCCUUCACGGUGACCACGAGGGCGGCAACGUCUCUGCACACACCACCCACCUAGUCGGCAGUGCUCUGAGCGACCCCUUCCUCGCCUACAGCGCCGGUCUCCAGGGUCUCGCCGGCCCUCUCCACGGUCUUGCCGCCCAGGAGGUGCUCCGAUGGAUCCUUCAGAUGAAGGAGGCCAUCCCCUCUUCCUACACGGACGAAGACGUGCGCAGCUACCUCUGGAACACACUCAACUCGGGCCGCGUCGUGCCCGGCUACGGCCACGCUGUGCUCCGCAAGCCCGAUCCCCGUUUCGAGGCCCUUAUGGACUACGCGGCCUCCCGCCCUAAGAUUGCGGCCGACCCCGUCUUCCAGCUCGUGCUCAAAAAUAGCCAGAUUGCUCCCGAGGUUCUCAAGCAGCACGGCAAGACCAAGAACCCCUACCCCAACGUGGACUCGUCCUCGGGCGUCCUGUUCCACCACUACGGCUUCCACGAAACCCUCUACUACACCGCCACCUUCGGCGUCUCGCGUGGUCUGGGCCCGCUCGCACAGCUCAUCUGGGAUAGAGCUCUGGGUCUGCCGAUUGAGCGACCCAAGUCCAUCAACCUCGAGGGUAUCCUCAAGCAGGUUGAGGGACAGUAAAUGCGGGUUAAGAUUGAACGAAUGAUGUGAAGGAACGACCUGGAGUUGGUUGUGUCGUUGUUAGCGAUUACACAGUGUCGCGAUGAUAUUCUUCUGGAUCACAGGACAGAAGCGAGCGAGCGAGAACGCCGAAUUCACUUGCCUUGUAUGUAUGUAUUAUGACUAGGACGUCGCCUGUUGGUCUUAUUCUCGCUUGGGAGAAUGAGUCGAGUUGCCGAGGCCGUCCAUUUUGUAUUGUUCAUUCUGUUGGUUCAGAUAUUUGCAAACACUUUCUAAUUCCUUCUCCCUUCCAUGAUCUCACGAUCACAUUUAUUAUGGUGUUUUGGCCUUGAACUCGACUGCUUCCCUUUGGCAGACGCGUCUGUCCGACUCGCGCUUCGGAAGAUGACAUCCCGUUUACGGUCACAUCUCAAGUGCGAUUGACUGGCUGAUCUGACUGAAUCGAUCAGAAGGCUUGGUGGAACUGCAAAGAAAAAAAGAAAAAAAAGGUCGUGGUUAUUUUUGGAAUCAAUAUCCAACUGUAAGAGAUACGGCACGGUCAUUGGUCUCCCGUGUUUUGGAAUCGGGUUAGCGAUGACAUUAGAGUGGUAUAUAUUGCAUUCGCUACCUUGGCUCCGUGUAAUGUAUUUUGUCCAGACUAAAAACAAAUCCAAGUUACCAGUG